AUGAAGGCUUUUCAAUACAAUGGCGAUGGCAAGGGCUUGUAUCUCACUGAGGUUCCAGUACCAGAACCUGGUCCGGACGAAGUCUUGAUUCGAGUUAGAGCAGCCGGAAUGUGCCAUUCCGAUUGUCACAUCGUUAAGGGGAGCAAUGAUUAUUGGAUAACCAAGAAACCCAUAACGCUUGGACAUGAAGUGGCUGGGGAAAUUGUUAAGACAGGGGCCAAUGUCAGUCAAGAUCGCAUCGGCGAACGCAUCGCUGUGUAUCAGAUCAGUCAACCUUACGAAGAAUUCGAUCUUAACAUGGCCAUUGGACUCGGUUUCGAUGGUGGCUACGCCGAAUAUGCAGCUAUCCCAGUGUCGCGAGUCAAAACACUCCCUGAAGGAGUGUCCUUUGCACAAGCCGCCGUAUCAAUGGACGCGCUUGCCACAGCAUAUCACGCUGUAGUUGCUCGUGCCGGGGUCAAGAGAGGGAUGGCUGUUGGUAUCAUUGGGCUUGGACGUCUGGGCAUGUCUGGGCUUACCUUUGGUGUCCUCCAGGGCGCUGACGUUUAUGGAUUUGACCUGAACGAUUCAAAAUUCGAGGAAGCAAAGAGUGUGGGCGCAAAGUCUUGUUUCCACAGCUUGGAAGACGCAAAGGGUAUAUAUUUUGACGUCAUUGUUGACUUUGUUGGUGCAGACAAAACUAUCCUAGGAGCUUGCUCUGGGAUAAAACCAGGCGGAACGGUGCUUGUUGUAGGAGUGGCCUCACCAACAGUAACGAUCCCGGUCGAGCUUUUGAUCCACAAGGGCUUCAAACUUUCUGGAUCUCUAGGAGCAUCGAAAGAGACCUGUGACCGUGUUUUAGAGUUGCUCCAGCAAGGAUCUGUAAAGCCUUCGUUGAGAGAAGUCCCAUUCCACGAGAUCCCUGCAACAAUUGAUCUCCUAGAUAAGGGCACGAGCAGUGAGGGAAGGCACUGGGCAGACCCGAGUAAACUCGCACAGUAA